AUGGGUGCCCGUCUCAGUGACUUUGGGUUAGCUAAGUUCCUUCAAAGUCAGAACUCUUCAAGUACUAUUACUUCUACGAGCUUUGCAGGACCAAGAGGAUCAACUGGAUACAUUGCACCAGAGUAUGGCAUCGGGAACAAGAUCUCAACAGCGGGCGAUGUCUAUAGCUAUGGAAUUAUCAUCCUAGAAAUGCUCACGGGGAAACGCCCAACAGAUGUGUUGUUCAAGAAUGGCCCGACCCUUCAGAAAUUUAUGGGAAAUGCAUUCCCCGAAAAGAUCCGUGAUAUACUUGAUCCUAACAUCAUAAUCCCGAGCUCCAGAGACGAAGGCGUGGACCAUGGAAACCAUGCAAUGGUGGGGAUGCUGAGCUGCAUUAUGCAGCUUGUUCAGCUUGGUCUCUCAUGCUACACAGAGACACCAAAAGAUCGACCGACAAUGCCAGACGUCUACACAGAAGUCUCUGCAAUCAAACGAGAAUCAAGGAAUAGGAGACACUGUUUUUGUUCGCCUGUAUGUUACGAGUGA